CCGGUGUGAAUGUGUGUGCCGGUAGAAAUUUGCGCGCCGCCGCCGGAGCGCAGAGAGAGAUUCGCGGCGCCUCAAAUUCCCAGGCAGUCCUGGACCGACGCUCCGCAUCAACGGAACUCUCUCUCUUUUUCUCUAUAAGCAGAUACGUCGAGUACACCGGCGUCGCGACGCUCUCUACGAACCGGAAAACGUGACCGCAACAUUUGCACCGACCGAAACCAAACUUCAUGAAAUAAUUUUCUCUGACUUAAACGCGUGACGUGUUUUAUACACACAUAUUUCAAUUGAAACACACAACAAACUCUUCCAUUUGUCAGGUACCUUCAGCUUGGAAGUGCUCGAAAUCCGAGAUCCAGUUCGCAAUUAGAAUUCUACUAGUCAUCUGCACUUCGAUAUAUUCAACAACCGAUUGUUUUUAAUCAAGUAUUUUCAUUGUGGAUUUCAUCGGGGGGCGGCAACUGAUGGACCUCGAUUGUGAGUCCGUCGAGGCCGUAAUGAAAUCUGACGACGAGAUGACUCGUGACAGGUCUUCGGGGACGGCAGCAGCCACCGUCGCAGCCGCCGCCGCAAACCACAGCCAUUUCACAAAAAUGAAGAGCAGCGAGUCUCGUCGUAUGGUGGACAUCACACGAGACAAACCGAUAAAAGUUGCUGUACGCGUUGUGGUGCCUGUCAGAGACCAUCCUAAGUUUAAUUUUGUUGGAAAACUGUUGGGUCCAAAAGGUAAUUCACUAAAAAGACUUCAAGAGGAUACAAUGUGCAAGAUGGCAGUUCUUGGUCGAGGGUCAAUGAAAGAUAGACACAAGGAAGAGGAGCUUCGAGCCAGUGGAGAUCCUAAGUUCCAGCACCUCAGCGAAGAGCUGCAUGUGGAGAUCAGCGCUUUUGCCACCCCCGCUGAAGCCCAUGCGCGUAUUGCAUACGCUUUGGCGGAAGUCAGAAGAUUCCUGGUUCCGGAUUACAACGACGACAUCAGACAGGAGCAGAUGUGGGAGAUGCAGGUUCUGUCCAGCCAGAGAAACAAUAACAAAGGCGACGAGUUAGCCGGUGGCGGUGCCGAUUACCAAACAGAGGACAGGUUGAGCUCAACGGGAAACAUCGAAAUUCUCGAAGUACCCGACAGUCCAACAAAUGAGGACCAUCCUGCCCUCAGGGGUGUCCAACCAGUAAUCGUCGGUGAUGCCAGCACAUCGCCUAUCAACAGUGGCACAGUAGUCGGCGGCCAAGUGUCUCCGAACAAUGGAGCCGGAGGCGGCGUCGCGGCGGCAGUUCAGACGCCGACCAUCUCGGGGACGACGCCGACGGCGGCUGCAGGACGCAAGAGGCCGCUGCUUGCUGGUGGACCCAGGACUUCAAUGACACCGACGAAACGGACAGUGAUGAGUCUGUUGGCACGUGCACGUGCUGCCCAAGCCAAACAACUUCCAACCACCACCUUCCAACGCGCUCCAACCGAACGCAGCAGCACGACAAUGGUACCUCUACUGCGAGAAGAUUACCUAUCCGGAACGAUGAACCUCAACCUCAUUUAAAUAUUACGAAAAAGGAUGGGAGCUGAGGGAGAGGAUACGCAAAAAUGACACAUGGAGAGGAUCAUUCCGCGGUUUCCCAAAAUUUGCAGAAUUGUCUUGAGGAGAGAUUUUCACAAAAAAAAAAUAGGAAGACAACAUACGCGUUAGGUGUGAAGAUGUUGUGGGGCGUAUGAGACGAAAAGGGAGGAAUAUUUCUUUUCGGUUGAUUUUCACUAGGUUUUUUUCAGCGGCUGAAUUAAUUUCGGUUACUAGGUUCAGCCCACUCUCUUUAAGAUCUAAGUCCACACCAAGAAGUUUAUCUAUGAAUGGAUUCAAUUAAAAACGCACGGACCAAUCUAAAAUUUUAAUUAACAAA